AUGUUAAUUAUUUCGUUGGUAUUUGGUGAUAAUGUGGCCAAAAAUAGUAAAAAUGGAGAAAUAAAAAUUCGAAUGAAGCGACAGUUUUAUGGUUAUGGUACUUUUCCGGGUUUUUCAGUAUUUCCAUUUUUCAGUAUAGGUUGGGGUCAUUUCGAUGACUGGGAUCAUAUAUUAGGAUGGGAAAGUCCAUGGAGUUAUUAUAAUUGUUAUGUCUGGGGUGGCCAUCAUAAUAGAUGGUAUAGCCUUAAAAGCUAUGGCUAUGGCUGGGGAGCUCCAUGGUAUUUAUUUGGACCUCGUUUUCUGAUAGGGCGACGAUUCUGGAAGAAACGUUGGGAAAGCUGGAGUGGGUUUCAUGAUGUCUGGUUUGGUUGA